ACGUCAGAAACAUAAUUUCGACAGUUUUCUUAAUCUCGUGUUUCAACAAUCUUUCUCGUUGCCCGUGCAAAGGAAUUUCAGUUUCUCUUACGACUUCCAACAUCUAUUUACUUUUUAUUACCUAUUAUACAUCAUUCAUAAAAGGUAGCUCCGCCUAACGUUUACAACACGAAUCAAACGCCAUCUUCAAGCAUAUUCCAGAGCUCGCUUCUAACCUAAUGUAUUAUUCAGAGUGCCGUUCUAUCCUUGGUUCCGUGCGAAACUCCCCGAGAUAAGGAGAACAGUUCAGUACCAGAACCCCAUCAACACAGUAAAUUCGACAGAGCAAGCAAGCUAGGGUGAUCUAGGGUUGAAGGAAGUUGAACAUUAUCCCCAACGGCGAAGACGACGAUAACAACAAUAACAAGGUCGACGACGACGACGACAACGACGUGGAGGAGUAGUAGUACCAAAGCCAUUCUCUCGUGAAAGCUGCCUCCAUCAAGAAACGACGCUCCGGGUCGCUGUCUUUUUCUUUUAAUAUACGAGUACGCGGGAAUGGUAUACCUGACGGGUGCCUGGGGUAUGGGAGAGACUGAACAACAGUGCCGCAGCACCAGCAACGCAUCCCCCGUCUCUACAUCCACCUUCCUCCAGGAUCAUGACGAGGAAGUCGCACUUCAUCCUCUCAACAAUCAGGUCGGCGGUCACACGCGCCUACUCCUUCUCAACCAGAACACCAUUUGCAAGCCACUGAAUCGCCGAGAGCUCGAUUUCUACCGAAACAUUCCUCAAGAUAUACAAAUGUUUGUCCCCAAAUUCAAAGGAGUAAUGCAGGCUUCGAGCAGUGGCGAAGUUACCCUCGAUAAACGAUACAGCCCCAGCUUCAGGGAUCAGGAAGCACCACGUCAGGGAAAAAGUUCCAGUAAACGCAAACGCGACGACGUACUCAGGAUGAAGAUACAUCGUAACAAUAGUUCCGUCGACGUUCUCAAGCCUGGAAGUCAUUUGGACAGCGCAGCCAAUAAGCAAUAUUUUCUAAUGUUGGAGAACAUAACCUCUCAGUAUACGCAUCCUUGCAUACUGGACCUAAAAAUGGGAACGCGACAGCACGGAGACGACGCGUCUGCAGAAAAACGAAACAAACAAAUAGCAAAGUGUGCCGCGAGCACCUCGGCCUCUCUGGGCGUAAGACUUUGCGGAAUGCAGGUUUACCAAGCGGACACGGAUCACUACGUUAAGAGGGACAAGUAUUGGGGAAGAGAAUUGAAUGAGGAAGGUUUCAAGGCCGCCCUUUAUAGAUUCUUUCAUAAUGGUUUCUGUUUGAGAACCAUGGUCAUUCAGCGAGUAAUUACCAGACUGGAGCAAUUGCGUCGCGCCAUCGAGAGACAGAGCAGCUAUCGAUUCUAUUCCUGCUCCUUGCUGGUUGUCUACGAGGGAUACCAGAUCGACGAUUAUUCAGGCCACGGUCACGCUGCUCCGUUACGUGUCGAGGACGAGUCCGCCGACCUGAGUUACAUGGAAAACAUAGCCCACGCUUCCGACACUUGUUACGACGCGGAUACAAGUAACAAUUCGGCGGAUUACAAUAUGUCCAGUCACGAGGAAGUAAGUCGAGCGUCACUUCAUCGUGGAUUCGGGGAAGCUGCUGCACGUGGGGCCAAGAACGCCACGGGUUUCUAUCCGAUAAACGAAGAGACCGUCUUCAUGGAUCCGCCGUCCGGAAUGAUAGGCACCGUUGUUCAAACGCCGCAAUAUGAUAACUGGAUGCUGUACAGUAGCAGUAGCGGUGAUGAAUAUUGCUGCGGGCAGCACGCGGUUGGAAGUUCCGAGGAUACGAGUUCCGACCUGGACAUGAGCUCGGAUUGCGCAUUGAAGAGGAAUCGACAUAGGCAUCGGCUACGUCUCUAUGAGGACGAAGAACGCACUCAGGAGGACGAGGACGAGGACGACGACGACGAUGAUGAUGAAUGCGCAACUGUCUCGAAGAGGCUGCGUGUCAAGGAUGAUCAUCCUAAGGCGAACGAUAAUCAGGAUUCUAAGGUUGAUAUCCGCAUGAUCGACUUCGCGCAUACAACCUUCAGCCGUACUGGCUCUGCCGUUCCGUCUAACUCCAACUCCACUAUACACCAGGGUCCUGAUUGUGGUUUUCUCACGGGUCUGGAUAGCUUGAAACGACUGUUACUCGAAAUUUUAAAUGAAGGAUAAGCAGGGAUCCUGGGCGAGGAUCUACUAGUGGAUUCCUUCGCUUUAUAAUACUACUAGACAAGGUUUGACAUCUCACGUAACGGACUCUCGGUGUGAAGACGGAUCGAUUAAUUAAUUUGAUUGAUUGAUUAAUUGUUUUGCUGGAGGACGAUGAGUAUGUCGUGAUAAUAAACUCACAAGUGGACAUACGGUUUUAAAUGGAGUGGACGUUACUGCGAGUGUGUAACUAGAUGUUAAAUUAGUACGACGCUAUCUUACAUAGAAAUUUAACGGUAGAAAUGAAGUGUACAUAGUCUGUUGCAGAGUACGAUUUUAUCUUGAAAAUAUUUUUUUUUUCUCUUCGCCUAUUAAAGCGAUAACACGUGUGUACGUCCGUCUGUGUACGUAUUUGCAAGUUGGAUCGGGUGGUUAUGCGCGCGAUUGUGUAUCUAUGGAUGCAUGUAUGCAUGGAACGGCGUGUCUGGGGUGUGUGUGUAGUCGCGUGUAAAUUUACGGUAUUAGAUUUUCUGUCUCUCUGAAGGUUUAUUGGGAGAGAAACUCCUGCCAAUUAUUAAUGACUUAAACCGAUGAUAGCUAUUAUAUAUAAUAGAGUAUAAUUAUAUAUUGAAAUGUGGAGAGCUGCAUUGCGAAGCAUCGCGGCUCGUUUCUUCGUCCGUUUGACGAAGGAUCUUAUUUUCUUUAUUUCCGACGGAGACAGAUGAGAACCAAAAAAUAUAUAAAUACAAGAAAAUUAAAAAAAAAUGAAACAAAGAAAUAGGAUUAUAGAGCCGUACAGCAUUCCACUAUAAAUGGCAAAGUUUCUUGACGAACAAAUUAUCUUUCCUUUCUUUUCAAUGUUCGAAUCUGUAAAUAAUGUAAAUGUCGACUGUCGCCCAGGAUAUAUUUACAAAAAGAAAGGAAAAAAAAAGAUACUAUUUUCUCGUUCUUAGCUUUAAUACGCGCGCAAUAUCUCUCUUACUUUUAUCUCGUAAACUGGACUCUCCUAGGUCUUUCGUUUCUUCUAUAUUAUCCAUUUUCUUCGUAAAAUUCUCUGUAACCACUUCUUUCAUACUUUCUCUUAAAUUUCAACUUCCAAAAAGAAUAUUACGCGCAUCAUUCGCAAAAUUCACAAUGAAACCUCGCGUGAAUGACGAUGAAGCAAUUGUUCUCUUUAAAAAUGUGUAACCCAGUUAUUAACGAUUAUUAAGAUGUAUCGUGACAUGUUCGAAUAAAAGAAUUAUGUAAAUAUAUUACAAUAACGGGCGCAAGCUAGAA